AUGUGGUUACAGUUAUCCGCUAUCUGCCUCCUGGCAAUUGGAGUCCAGAGUCAUGACGGUCACGGCCACGGCCACGGUCAUGGUCACGGACACCAUGACCAUUAUGGAGUAUUGCCCUAUUAUGGAUACCCUUACGCCCACGGCUAUGGACACUAUAGCCCACAUUUAGCUCACGGUUAUGGAUACCAGCUCAGCCAGCACCAGGGACACGGACACCACGGGCACCGAUACAUAAGCCACGGAUGGAACUGGCCCGGCAGUUACUUAGGUCUUGGCCACGAUGGCCUCUACAAACAUGGUCACAAUGCCGUUUACAACCACGGUCAUAACGCCGUUUACAACCAUGGCUAUAACCACGGCUACCAUGCCCCUCAACAUGGUCAUGGUUACUCGAAUGUAGUCUUCAACCUUGGACACCAUGAAAAAUCAGUUGCGCAUGGACAUGACCACGGUUACCACCACGCUCCUCUGCAUCCAGCUCCUCUACACGCUGCUCCUGUGCACCAUGCUUCGGUGGCGCCUGUUCACCACGGUCACCAUGACCAUGAAGACCACUACGCAUUCCCUGAGUACAACUUUGCCUACUCUGUCCACGACCCCCACACGGGAGACAACAAGGCCCAACACGAAAGCCGACACGGGGAUGUGGUCAAGGGUGAAUACCACCUCGUGCAGCCCGAUGGUAACGUGCGCUAUGUUCAUUACAGUGCUGAUGAUCACACUGGCUUCAAAGCUGACGUUCACUACAAGACGGCUCAUGGGCAUCACGAGCCCCAUCCACAUAAUGCCCAUCAUCAUUAA